AUGUGUGGGAGAUAUGCGUUAGCCCUGCGGCCUUCCCAAAUCCGUCAGAUGCUCGCAGAUGAUGGCUUGGAAGUUGACGACGCGCCAGAAGAUACAGGGGAUUCUGCUCCCCGAAACAGCUACAAUUUUGCUCCUGGCUACCAUGGUGUCGUUUACCGUGCCGAUACUUCAGACCGAGGUGCGGGACAGAAUAAUGAGAAUCGCGACAACCAGGCAGACGACAUGAUGAAACCUGCGCAGCCAAAGGACCAUCCGGAGUACAAACUUCAGUCAAUGAAAUGGGGUCUGAUACCCUCUUGGACCAAGCGAAAUCCAGACUUUGGUUCGAUGCUCAAGACCAUCAAUUGCCGAGAUGACUCACUCGGCUCUCCUGGAGGCAUGUGGGCUAGUAUGAAAGCUCGUAAACGAUGUAUCGUUAUCGCUCAGGGAUUCUAUGAAUGGCUCAAAGUCGGCAAAGACAAGCUCCCACACUAUGUAAAACGAAAGGAUGGCCAUCUGAUGUGCUUUGCCGGUCUUUGGGAUUGUGUGCAGUAUGAAGGAACAAAGGAAAAGCUCUACUCCUACACAAUUAUCACAACAAGCUCGAAUCCGCAGCUCAAAUUCCUUCACGAUCGUAUGCCUGUCAUACUCGAACCUCGGUCAUCAGACGUGGCAACCUGGCUUGACCCAAGCCGAGACCAGUGGUCGAAUGAGCUGCAGUCGCUCUUGAAGCCAUGGGGCGCAGAUCUGGAAGUAUAUCCGGUUUCUAAGGAUGUUGGUAAAGUUGGCAAUAAUUCUCCAACAUUCAUUAUUCCAUUGGACAGUAAAGAGAACAAAUCGAAUAUCAAGAACUUCUUUGCUAUCAAAAGUGAAGAGAAGGAAGAUGUAACAGAGCGAGCGUGGGAUGAAGGAAAGAAGACACAUGAUGACGAAACGAAAAACGACAAGGCAAAGACUUCAGAAGCAACAAAGAACAUCAAAGAAGAUUUCACGAUUAAGCGGAAAGCGACAGAAGACCCAAGAGGCGAGGCGCGUGAUCUACAUAAGCAGCGAAAGCAACAGAAAGUCAGUGCAAUAGAGAACAGGAGCAGAGGAGCACGAGGAAGUAAGAAACAGGGCUCAGGGAAUAUAACCAAAUAUCUAAUUAACAAGACCCCUUAA